CGGGGGGAGUCUGAAUGGUGAGUGAGAGCCCUGCUCCUUCUUAAGCGUCUGUGAGUCAAGCCAGGGCUGGAUCACCAGCCUGCCAGCCAGCUGUCCUGCAGAGCUGGGAGAGGAGCCGGGGAGCUCGCACCUGCAUCCACACCUCCACCAACCCCACAACUCCCAUGGCCGACCAGCUGACGGAGGAGCAGGUAGCCGAGUUUAGGGAGGCCUUCUCCCUGUUCGACAAAGACGGGGAUGGCACCAUCACCACCCAGGAGCUGGGCACCGUCAUGCGGGCCCUGGGCCAGAACCCCACACAGGCCGAGCUCCAGAGCAUGGUGAGUGAGAUCGACCGGGACGGCAACGGCACCGUGGACUUCCCCGAGUUCCUGGGCAUGAUGGCCAGGAGAAUGAAGGACAGGGACAACGAGGAGGAGAUCCGGGAGGCCUUCCGCGUGUUCGACAAGGACGGCAAUGGCCUGGUCAGCGCGGCCGAGCUGCGACAUGUGAUGACCAGGCUGGGAGAGAAGCUGAGCGACGAGGAGGUGGACGAGAUGAUCCGGGCGGCAGAUGUGGAUGGGGAUGGGCAGGUCAACUACGAGGAGUUUGUACGCAUGCUGGUCUCCAAGUGAGGGGCGGGCAGGUGCCGCAGCCCCGUCAGGCUGCCCCCGCUCUGCUUUGCUGGGGAUCUAUCUGCCUCUGGCUGCCUCAAGAGCCUCGGGCCUCGCAUUGCUUCCUCCACCCCCAGCAUCCUCCAGCACUGUUUCUUCUUGGGCAAGGUGAAGUCAGGCCCUGUUUCUGCAUCUCACUUUGUCUCCUAUUUCCUGCCAACCUCCGCAACCCUGUUCUCACCCAGCAUGACACAGGCUGCUGCAAGCCCAGCAAACCCUGGGUGCUCUGUCCCUCAGGAUUAGAAGGAAAGUGAUGGCUCUCUACAUGGACAAU